AUGCAGCCGCAAUACCGUGGCUACGGACAACAACAUGCGCCCCCGAGGGCAGGAGGAGGAGGACAACAUGUCCCACAACGCCGAGGCGGCAUCGGCCCCAUGAUGUCCGCCGGUCCUCACCACUCGGUGCCCAUGACACAGGCGCAGAUCAACCAGCAGCACCACCAACAGCAGCAGGCCAACCACUUAGCGAAACUGAGGAGUGGUAAGCCGACCGACAAGAACCUACCAGAUGGCGUCGAGGAAGGGCUGUCUGCGGGGAGCGACGUUGCCGCCUGUUACACGCAGCUCCGUGACUUGGAGCGCCGGCUCGAUGCCACCAUGACGCGCAAGAGCAAUACCGUCGAGGACCAGUUCUGGCAGGGCAACGGCCUCGGCGUCGACACAUUCGACUUUUCGUCCAACCUUGAGUCCACAUACCGCGUCAAGAUCGAAGGCCGACUGCUCGACGACGAAGACGAAGUAGAAGCGGAUGAGGAGCAGCGCAAAGGCGAUGAUAACGAGGCGGAAGGGGACAAGAUGGAAACGGAUAGCCCCAGCAAAACUAAGAGCAAACCUGCGGCCGCCGCCAAGCGGCCGCGCCCGGCCCGCCAGGGUGCGGAGGCCAGCGUGGAGUGGAAAAAGCCCGACAGGACGCCGGCGGGCGCUGGCAAUUUGCCGGCUAUGGCCGAUUUUGACGAGUUCACCUUCAAGCGCAACGGCGAUGAAAACAUGAACAUUACCAUCAACCUGUUCCGGCACGAAGACCCCGAGCGCUUCGAGCUGACCCCGGCGCUCGCCGAUAUCAUCGACAUGCGCGAGGCAACACGCCAGGAGGCAGUCAUGGCGCUGUGGGAGUACAUCAAGUUGAUGAACCUACAAGAGGACGAAGAGAAGCGCAACUUCCGAUGCGACGAUCUCCUGCGAAAGCUCAACGACUACCUCACGCCACACCUACGGGCGCUCCCGCCCCGUGAAGCUGGCCUACACGAUCCGCGUAGACGAGGACUUCCACAAGGACCCCCAGCCGACCAUCUACGACGUGCGCGUGCCGGUCGACGACUCGCUGCGCUUCGCGGCUGUCGCCCUUCGUGCACAACGCCGCAGUACGCCGGCAUGCUCAAGGAGGGUCGUCGGGCUCGACGACCAGCUCGCCGUGCUCAUCCAGGCCGUCGCCUCAGUCCAAGGCCAAGCACACCUUUCCUCGCCUCCAUGGCCCGCGACCCCGUCGGUUUCGUCAAGGGCUGGCUGAGCUCCCAGAAGAGGGAUCUCGAGGUCAUCAUGGGCGAGGCCACCCGCGGCGGUGGCGAGGAUGCCACCGGCGAUGAGUGGCGCCGUGGUGGGCGCGACAGUGUCUGGGCUACGACUAAUGCGCGCGAGAGCGUCAAUGUCUUGCUCGCGAAGCAGCCUACGAGGGUAUGA